AUGAUUUCCUUCUCGUAUCCGAGCCCCAGAGUGUCUCAACUUGAUGCAGAUAUCUUGGAUUCCGAGUUAGUAUCACUAUUGAAACAGCAACUCAGCUCUAUAUCUCAUCUUCAUCGCGGGUGGUGGACCUAUGAACUGCAACCAGAACUUUGGAGUUUGUUGCUCAAUUUGGUGGUCUUCCGACUAACUGUGUGGAAAAAGGGGACUUCUUAUGGUUUGGGUUUGCAAAACUUGCAACUUUCUAAUUUCAAAAAUGGGAAAAUUAUAGGGUAUUCCAAGAGAACAGCUCUUUUAGCAGUCAUCAUUGGCGAUUACUUAUUCACAAAGUUUCAGUCCUAUUUGUAUUCAGUGGAUGAAGCUGACGUUGCCGAUGCUGAAAAGUCUUCAUUUGCAUUAUUCGGAACUGUCAAAAGACUCAUUUUGACAAACAGAACGAAGAUCUUGACGUCCGUCAGUUCGUCUUUGCGUGUUCUCAAUCUUGUCAAUUUCACCUUGUUCUUGAUCAGUGGUCGGUAUUCGACUUUGAUACACCGUGUGUUGGGUAUUUCACUUACUCCUGUUGUGAGUGAUCUUUUAAAGUUCAACGGAAGUAAUGUUAAUUUCGAGUUUCAAAAUCGUCAAUUGGUGUGGAAUACCAUGACCGAAUUCUUGGUGUUCAUCUUGCCUCUCUUACAGUUGAAGAAGUUACGGCGCAUGUCAUCCAAGAUGCUACUUCCAUACAGAAAGAAGGCAAAAAAGAGUCAAGAUGAAGAGACCUUCUCCUCUGCUUACAGUAACCUUCCAAUAUCACAGUGUGCCAUCUGUCACAAUAAUAGUGAAAAGAGAGCAAGAUCACUCGGAAAGACCCCAUCCUCACUUUCGAGUUUCCCCAUCACGAACCCUCAUGUUACCAACUGUGGACAUAUUUACUGCUACAUUUGCAUUGCUACCAAGUUCAAUGCGAUCGAAAAUAAUGAUGGAGACGAAGAAGGGUGUCUUAGAUGCGGUCUCAAGUUGACUUGGUUCGAAGAAUACGGAUCCAAGGCUGGUGAUGUUGAUGAAGAUGCGAUUAUGGUUAUGUACGAAGAAGAGGAACCAGACAUGUCAGAAAAGUUGAGCGCUAUUAACGAAAGCUCACCAGAAGCUUCUGAUGAUUCCAGCGAAGAUGAAGACCUGUCUCAAUGCAGUGAAGGAGAAGACUUCGGAGCUGACGAGGCGUUCGAACUCUAG